AUGGAGGACAACACAGCAGCGCCACCACCGAAUUUUGAUCUCAACGACACCAACAACACUGCCUUAAUCGAUGCUUUCUGCGAGAUCACCUCCUCUUCUAAACAAGAAGCCGUCUUUUUCUUAGAAAGUCACCAAUGGGAUCUCGACUCCGCCGUCUCUACUUUCCUCGACAACGACUCCGCCCCUCCUCUCGUAGCCACAAGCCCUCCUCUUCCUUCUCAGCCCGUUAACUCUCCUUCUCCUUCUGUUUCAGCUUCCCCUCCACACUCUCACUCUCCCAAUUACUCUCCAUCCCAGUCUCCUUCUCGCUCUCGCUCUCCUUCUCCCAUCCCUUCUCGGGCUCCCUACAGGCUAAGAUCGAGGGAUAAGAAGCCCAGCUCCAAUCGGUCACGUGGCGGAGUCCGAACGCUUGCAGAUCUUAAUCGGAUCCCUGAUGGUGGGUCCGGCAGUGAUGAGGACGAUGAUGAGCCGCAGCAGUAUUAUACUGGCGGUGAAAAGAGUGGAAUGGUGGUUCAAGACCCUACCAAACGUUACGACGUGGAUGCAAUUUUUGAUCAAGCUAGAAAUUCAAGAGCUGUGGAAAGACCUGCUGAUUACCUUCAACCGUCUUCGAGUUCCAGAAGCUUCCCUGGAACAGGGAGAUUACUUUCAGGGGAUACAGUUGUCCCGUCUGCGCCUCAGCCACCUGCAGCGGUCAAUCAUACUAUCACUCUGUGGAGGAAUGGGUUCACUGUGGAUGAUGGUCCGUUAAGGAGGUUUGAUGAUCCCGCCAAUGCCUCCUUUUUGGAGAGCAUCAAGCAGUCUGAGUGUCCGAAAGAGCUUGAACCAGCAGAUAGGAGGACUCAAGUGCAUCUUGAUCUCAUGCGCCGAGAGGAAAACUACUCUGAACCAGAGAAGCCUCGAGCUUCAUUCCGAGGUGUGGGAAGAACUUUAGGUGACAGCAGUGGCACCACCGUCUCAGCUGCCUCUGAGCCAACUGUUGCUGUUGCUUCUCUCAAGCCUGCUUCACUCCCGACCCCAGGUCUAGCUAUAGACUCUUCAUCACCAACAACUUCAAUUCAGCUCAGGUUAGCAGAUGGCACACGCAUGGUCUCUCACUUCAACUUAAACCAUACUAUUAGGGAUAUACGUGCCUUCAUCGAGGCAUCAAGGCCAGGUGGGGCAAGCAAUUAUCAACUGCAGACAAUGGGAUUCCCUCCAAAACAACUCACUGAUCCUGAUCAGACAAUUGAGGAGGCUGGCAUAGCUAGCUCUGUUGUUAUCCAGAAAUUCUAA